ACAAUCCCUCUCCGACCGACGAUCUAAGAUGUAAAUACCCCAUUCCCAUACUCUCUUCCCUCCGCCAUGACCGCCACCACUAUCACCUAUUAUCUCUCUGAACACCCCGCAAUCGUCGGUUUCCGGUGGAGCAACGCCCAAUCAUGGGGCUCCACCUGGUUCUUCCUUUUCACCUCCAUCGCCCUCUACCUCGCUCUCGCCUCCCUCCUCCACCUGCUCUUGUCUCUCCUACCCCGUCGCUCCAGGGGAAUCCCUCUCGGCCCAAUCCCUGCCGUCCACAGCCUCCUCAUGUCCCUCACGUCCGCCGUGAUUUUCGCCGGUAUCCUCCUCUCUUCCGCCGCCGAGAUCCGAGAAACCCGCUGGUUUUGGCGUCGCUCUAAAACCCCUUUCCAGUGGCUCCUCUGUUUUCCUCUGGGUACUCGCCCAUCGGGUCGGGUCUUCUUCUGGUCCUACAUAUUUUACCUCUCCCGAUUCAUCCACAUGUUCCGGACAUUCUUCGCGAUCCUUAGGAGCCGUAAAUUAACUUUCUUUCACUUAUUCAACAACUCCAUUUUGACAUUCAUGUCGUUCAUGUGGUUGGAGUUCUCGCAAUCGUUCCAGGUACUCGCAAUCCUCUUCACGACGUUGGUAUAUUCUGUUGUUUACGGGUACAGGUUCUGGACGGCAAUCGGGCUUCCAAGAGCCUGCUUUCCCUUCGUUUUGAAUUGCCAGGUCGUCUUGCUCGGCUGUAAUCUGGUGUGCCAUGUCGGGGUGCUGCUGUUGCAUUUCCUCAAAGGUGGGUGUAACGGUAUUGGAGCUUGGCUGUGUAAUUCGGUGCUGAACGGAGUCAUUCUUUUACUUUUUUUGAAGUUCUAUGUGAAGAUGCAUUUGGCGAAUCGGAAAGGGAGGAGAAGAACCACCACCGUCGCCGGAGAAGCAGAGGUGGAGGAAACUAAGAAAUGCAAGAAUAAGUAAGUGGUAUCACUUGCACUUGCAGGCUCUUUUAGUUUUUAAUAUUUUUGGGUAAAAGAAAAGAACAUGAAAGACUGUGAUUUUGGGGGUAAGGGUAAGUUUUAGGAAUCUCAUUUUUAUUUUUGUAAAGAAAAAAAAGGCAUAAAUUAAUUACGAAAAGAGAAGAACACAAAAUUUCCCCAAGUGUUUAUAGGGGUUUUUAUACAAGUUUUGCUAUUUAUUUAUUUAUUUAUUUUUUUUCACUUAGAUUAACAUAAUUAUUGUCCCUCUUUUAGAAAUUCAAUUAGAAUUGGGUAGAGGGAAUGAUGAAAAAGGUAGAGCAGUGGAUUUGGUGUUCUGAUUUGGGUAUGAUUCACCUACCAAAUUAUGAAAUUAUGGGAUGAAUUCCCUUGUCGUCGUGCUUAAGUUUAUAACCUAAUUGUUAAGGUACAUAUUAAGGUACAUGUGCCGUACUUCUAUCCUUAAAAGAAAAUGUAUAAAUAAAAAUAUUAAUUUUAU